CUUUCUUCUUUUCUCAAUUCUCAGAGACCCAGACCAAGCGUUGUCCUUCUUCAACUUCUUUCUUCUUCCUUUCACGGUAAACUUCUCCUUCUUCCUUUCCUCACCGUCAAAUCACCUCCCUCCACAAGCAUCUUCUUCCACCACAAGCACCGAUCUCCACCACAAGAACCACAAGAAUCAAAACCCACCAGCACCUCAAGAAUCAAAACCCACAAGCACGGACUCCGUCGACCCACAAGCACCUAUCUCCGCCGCCAGCACCGACCCACAAUCAACAAAACCCAUUCCCGUCGACCCACAAGCACCGAUCUUCGCCGCCCACACCGAUUCACAAGCAUCUAGACCCAUUUCUUAUUUCAUAUUGUAUCAACAGAUCAUAUCAAUGGCUUUCUUGACCAACGAAGGAGCCUCUUCUUCUUUUUCUACUCCCCAAUGGAUCUAUGAUGUCUUCUUGAGUUUUGGCGAAGAUACUCGUAAAAAUUUUACAGGCUAUUUAUAUGAGGCUUUGUGUUACCAGGGUUUUAACACCUUCAUCGAUAAUGACCUUCAGAAAGGAGAAGAAAUUUCAAUGGAACUUCAUAAAGUCAUUGAAUCGUCAAUGAUUUCGAUUGUUGUAUUUUCUAAAAGUUUUGCAUCUUCUACUUGGUGCAUGAAUGAACUUGUCAAGAUCUUUGAGUGUAGGAGUAAUGGCCAACUGGUUCUACCAAUUUUUUACAAAGUGAACCCAUCAGAAAUACGUAAACAAGAUGGAGAGUUUGGGAUUGCUCUAGCUGAACACGAAGAAAAAUUCAAAGAUGACAGAGAAAAGUUUCAGAAGUGGAGGAAAACUUUAACAGAAGCAGCUAAUUUGUCUGGAUUUCAUUACAAUGAUAGCUGCACUAAAUCUGAAUUUGAGUUUAUUCAAAGAGUUAUAAAGGAGAUAUCAAGCGCUAAAUCAAAUCAAUUAUUUGUUGCUAAACAUCCAGUUGGAAUAGAUAUUCGAGCAGAGGCCAUAGAAUUGCUUUUAGAUAUCGAGUCAAAUGAUGUUUGCAUGGUAGGAAUUUGUGGUUCUGGGGGAAUAGGUAAGACUACGAUCUCGAAAGUUGUAUAUAAUAGUAUUGCUAACCAUUUUGAAGGAAGCUGUUUUUUAGAGAAUGUUAGUGAAAUGUCAAUAACAAAUGGUGGCAUAAUCCAACUACAAGAGAAACUUCUUUCUAAGGUCUUACAAGGUAGAGACUUGAAGGUGCAAAAUGUAUUUGAAGGUAUGAAUUUGAUAAAGAAACGACUUCAUGGUAAAAAAGUUCUUUUAAUUCUUGAUGAUGUGGAAUACUCAAAAGAUGUAGAAAAUUUGCUUGGAGAUUGUAACUGGUUUGCUUCCGGAAGUAGAGUAAUUAUAACAACAAGAGACAAGUAUUUACUAACCUCUUUGGGAAGAGAUCCUCAAAUAUAUGAGGUUACAAAAUUGAGUCAAUGUGAAGCUCGUGAACUUUUCGACCGGUAUGCCUUCCAAGCAAGAAAAUAUGGGGAAGAUUAUUCAGAACUUGCAAAACAAAUUAUAUGUUAUGCCAACGGCCUACCAUUAGCUUUAAAAAUAAUUGGUUCUGAUUUGUGUGGAAAAGAUAUACAUGAAUGGAAAAGUGCAUUAGAAAAGUAUAAAAACAUUCCACAUGAAAAAAUUCAAGAAAUACUAAAAAUAAGUUAUGAUGGAUUGGAAAAAAUUGAAAAGGAUAUUUUUCUUGAUAUUGCAUGUUUUUUUAAGGGUUACAACAAGGAUGAUGUUGUAAAUAUAUUAGGUUCUUGCGAUUUAUAUCCAGAAUAUGGUAUCAGAAAGCUUAUUGAUAAGUGUCUCAUAACCUUGGAAGAUAGCCAUUUGUCAAUGCAUGACUUGCUACAACAAAUGGGUAGAGAAAUUGUUCAACAAGAAUCAGAACAGCCUGAACAGCGUAGUAGGAUAUGGCAUUUUAAGGAUGCUCAUAAAUUACUAACUGGAAAUAUGGGAUCAAAUAAAAUUCGAGGUAUAAUGUUGCGCUCACCUGAACCAACAAAGGUUGCAUUGAAAGCUAAUGUUUUCAAGAGGAUGAAAAAUCUCAAAUUUCUUAUAGGCAAUGUACAUAUUGGUGAAGAUCUUGAAUAUCUCCCAGAUGAGUUAAGGUUUCUUGAAUGGCAUGAAUUUCCUUUGUCCUUAUCUUCCAAAUGUUGUGUCCCUGAAGAACUUGUUGCACUUAAGAUGUCUAAGUCUAACAUUAUAUUGGAGAAGGUAUUCAAGCAGGGGUCCCAGAAUGAAAAUUUGAAAAUGAUCAGUCUAGAAUCUUGUGAAUUCAUUACAAAAUUACCUGACUUGUGCUGCCCAAACUUAGAGGAAUUGAAUCUUAGAAAUUGUGAAAAUUUAAUUGAGGUUCACGAGUCCAUUGGACUUCUUGAGAAGCUUAAAGUAUGGGAUCUCUAUAAAUGUUCAAAACUUCAAAUUCUUCCAAGUACGCUCAUGUUGAAAUCUCUUGAAGAUUUUAGCCUAUUUGGUUGCUCAAGGCUUAAGAAGUUCCCCGAUAUUCACCCAGAAAUGAAUUGUUUGAAGAAAUUGGAAUUGGAACUUAGUGGUAUUAGAGAAUUGCCUUCAUCACUGUUGUACCUGACUGGACUUGACGAGUUAGGACUAUUUCUCUGCUGUAAGCUUAGGAAUUUUCUAGUUGGGGCCAAUAAAUCACAAAUGCGGGAGGAAGAAGAUAUUCCUUCAGCCAAAUUGAGAUUGGCGUGCAAUUCCUUUAAUAACUUUUCGGGACCUACUGGGUUUCUGUGCUUGACAGAAUUGAAACUUAAACAUUUGAGAAUUCAAGUUGAAUUAGAUUCUUGGAUGCAGCCCGAUUACUUCCCAGUAUUGACACUUUUAGAUCUAUGUUUCACUGAUAUUGUUACCAUCCCAGAAAGUAUUAGUAGAUUUCCUAGAUUACUAUGUCUUAAAAUUCAUAAUUGCAAAAAGCUUCGAGAAAUUCCGAGACUUCCACCAUCUAUAAGAACUGUGAAUGCACGGAAUUGCGAUCGGCUGGAUACACAAUCAUCAAGCAGAUUAUUGAAUCAGUUUCGAGAAAUUCUAGGGAUUCCAUCAAAUACAGUCGCUGAAGCUGCAACAAGCUUUGAUUCCGAAUGGCCUCAACGUUGGAAUUAUCUUAUGCUACCAUUAACUGAGAUUCCAAAGUGGCUCAAAUUCAACCAUAAUCAGAGUUUUGGAAAUUCCGUAUCAUUCUUGGUCGGUCCCAAAUUUUCAAAUUUGGUUGUUUGUAUUGCUUUUCCAUCGAAGGAUGUGUACAAAGAUAAAGGGUACUCAUGGUCUGUUCACAUUUUAAUCAAUGGUAAAGAACAACUCACAGUGGGCAUGGAGGCGAAUAGUAAUUCUGACCAUGUAUGGUUAAUUUAUCGGAAAGUGAAUAUAUCAAAUCCAUCUGAAGAGAAUCGCAUUGAGGUUGAGGUUAAGAAACCUUGGAAUAAUAUUUCUUUAAAUAGGGAGAGGAUUUAUGUAGAAUGCAUCUGUUGUCCUCAGAAACCCAAUAUAUCUCCCCCCUCAUCUAUGGAUCAAUGUGCUUUCAACAAUGGGGAAGAAGAUUUGGGCCGUGUUGGAAUCCGAUGCCGACUGCGGAGAAGAAACCAUCGACCAACCCAUGCUAGACGUCCCCAAAAACACUACUUGUCCCGCUUUGGAUGGCUUCGAAUCCGAUUCCAACUUUGGAAACGAAGCUCCAAACCCCGGAGACGGAGAAUUACCAAUGGGUUUCAUGAUGAGGGUUCAUCUUCAAUCCCCAAUACCUUUCUCAAUGAUGAUACCAAUGCCAAUCUGUAUCCACCAUCAAAGAAGACAAAACCAAGUUGAUCCAACUUUGAAGAGAAGGUGAAACCAAGUGACCCUGAUGUUUUCCAUUUGCUUGGAGAAGUCAAAUACGAAUUCAAAGGGAGAAAAAUGAUGGAGAAAGAGAUAAAGAGAGCUGUCAUGCUUCAUUCUUGUUAGAUAGCUGUGGAAGUAUAUUCAAUGAGAAGAGCUUGCGAAGGAAUUCUACCUAUGGCUAGAAGUGUUAGAAACAAUAGAGCUAUUGCAAGAGAACAGUCGGCUAGAAGUGCUAGAAAGAAUGGAGCAAUUGCAAGAGAAGAGUCCACUGAAGUUUUAGAAAGAAUGGAGCAAUUACAAGAGAAGAGUCAGAUGGAUGUGCUAGAAACAAUGGAGCUAUUGCAAGGGAAGAGUUAGCUAGAAGUGCUAAAAAUUAUGGAGCUAUUCCAAGAGAAGAGUUGGCUGGAAUUGCUAGAAAUUAUGGAGCAAUUACUAGAGAAGAGUCUGGAACAAGUGAAAGUGGUGGAAAAAGGAAAGGUCAUACAAAAAUUACCGAAGAUCCUUGAAGAAAAAAUGGUUUGAGCCAUAUGAGGAGGAUCCUAAGGAGGCACUAGAAAUUUUGCCACCUAUCAUGGUAGAUUAUGAUUGGAACUAUCUUGUGAAUUUAUGGAGCAACAAGGAUUGGAAGGAAAUGUGUGAUAAAAACAAGUAUGGUCGUUCCAAAAACUUUAUUGUUCACAUUAUUGGAUAAAAAAGUCUCCAACAAUGAAGUGAAGAAGAGAGGGAGAAAACUCGAGAAGAUCCUAGCCGACUUCAAUUAUUUGAGAUCACACAUAUGAGGUCUAAUGGACAAGCUGCAAAUGAAACUACAUUGGAGGCAUUGAGGUAUUUGGGAACAUCAUGGUCGUGUUUGUGGUUAUGGAGAUGGUGUAAGUCCUACAAUAUUAUGGGUUUCCUCUUCAUCUACUAUUUGUGACGUUCAAAUGCAAUUGAAUGAAUCUAAGGAAAGACGUAAGGAGAAUGAUGCUAACCUUUUGAGGUAGUUGAAAGAAUCUGUGGAAUGAGGAAAGGAGAAUGAUGCUAUACUUAUAAGGAAAUUGAAAGAAUCUAAGGAACACUGCAAGGAGAGUGACGCUAAUGUACAUCUCUUGAAGGCACAAGUUCAUUGGGUUAAGAGUUUGCUAGCACAAGUACUC